UCACCUCGGGACUUUGGGGAGGGGUCAGAGGCCUUUCCCUUUUAUUUGAAUCUCUUUGGCCCUGGCAGGGCUAGACUGCAGUCCCCGGGGAGGAAGGAGAGAGGGGGAGGGGCCAUUGUGUUGGGAAAGUCCCCCUCCGGGAGCGGGUGAGGCUCAGGGAGUGAAGGGUUAAAGGUCCCCUGCCUGAUGGGUUAACCCUGUGGUGCCCGGCUACAGGCUACGACCAUCUGGGCCUCCCUUCCGCCCUCCCCCGACCCCCUCGGGCAGCCUCCUGAGCCCAGGGGUUAAAAGAGAGAAAAACUUUCCAACUUUCUCUGCGUCUCAGUACGAGAUUCAGAGAUAAUGGAAACUGAGGCCCAGGGCCUGAUGUGACAGGACGGAGGGGCCAGGGUGAGCGCCAGAGGGGGUGGGGCAGAACGGCUCACCUACCCCAGUACCCCUGCCGCGCGCACACACUCACACACACACACACACACGCACACGCACACAACCCCAGCCCUCUUGGGUUAGCCCAGGUCUAGCCUUCUGGUCAUCAGGCCAAUGCCACAUCCGGGGGUGUGGCCUCGCUGUGGUUGGGCAGGAGUGAGCUGGAGACCUGCGAAUAGUCCUCAGCCCUUACUGUCCCCGGCGCAGCAGCACCUCGAGUCGCCCGUGCCCAGCGCCCCGGAGGCCCUGGCGGGAGGCCCCACCCAGGCCGCCCCGGGAGUGCGCGGGGAGGAGGAGGAGUGGGCCCGGGAGAUCGGGGCCCAGCUGCGGCGGAUGGCGGACGACCUCAACGAGCAGUACGAGCGGCGGAGACAAGAAGAGCAGCAUCGACAUCGCCCAUCACCCUGGAGGGCCAUGUACAAUCUCUUCAUGGGACUCCUCCCCUUACCCAGGGAUCACGGAGCCCCGGAAAUGGAGCCCAACUAGGUGCCUACACCCGCCCUGGGGACGUCGGAGACUCGGGGGGCAGGAUCCCUCCGCCUCCUGACACCCUGGCCAGCGCGGGGGACUUCUUCUGCACCAUGUAGCAUACUGGACUGCCAGCCUUGCCUGUCCCAGGGGUGGGCAAGGGAAAGCCACUGGAGCCGGGCAGCCUGGGUGCACUGACGGAGAUACGGACUCGGGGGACCCUGGCCUCCCGAAAGCCAGGGGAGGGAGGGCUGACGGACUCAUGGUGACCGAGGGGGCUGUCCGCCUCUGCCGCCCACCACCAUCUCAGGAAAGGCUGCUGGUGCUGGCUGCCCGUUCCAGCUGCAGGGGGGCGCUGGGGGGGUCCCCAGUGCGCCUUCACUUUAGGCCUGGCCUCGGGCCCCUGGUGCUUCCCCCCCUCCUCUCGGGGAGGGGGCCUGUGAAGAGCAUAUGAGCCAAACCUGACCACUAGCCUCCUGGAGCCAGAGAAUGGGGGCCAUGUGACGGCCUCCUCACCCAGUGCCCGGCCAUCUUCCCUGAGCCACCGGCGGGCAGCAGCCGGUGCCUGCCUCACCUUCAUCUCGGGGUGUCCAGGAGGGGUCCAGACUGUGAAUCCUGUGCUCUGCCCGGGACCACCCCCCCAGCCCCCAUCCAUCCCAUUGCAUAGGUUUAGAGAGAGCACGUGUGAUCACUGGCAUUCAUUUGGGGGGUGGGAGAGACUGGCAGAAGCCACCCCAGCCUUAGUCUCCAGGGCAAAGCGCUGGGGAGGACCUUGGGGAGUCAGGGAGGGAGGGAAGUCUCAGAAGCGGGAGGAGUCUGGGAGCGGGGAGGGACGGCCCAGCCUGUAAGAUACUGUACAUGCACUGCUGUAGAUAUACUGGAAUGAAUUUUCUGUACAUGUUUGGUUAAUUUUUUUUGUACAUGAUUUUUGUAUGUUUCCUUUUCAAUAAAAUCAGAUUGAACAGUG